AUGCAUGUUAUCAUCUUCUCUCUCGUGGGAUUUUUUGUUGUCCCUACCUUCGCAGCAUGCCCUCGCCUGCGAGAUGCUGCGCCCACGGCUUAUGAGCAGGAUAUUCCACAUUUAUACAAGAAGAGUGACGUCUUGCCAUCAGACUCCGGAGCAAGUGACUUUUCAACUGGAGAUAAAACCGCAUCAGGCAACAAAGGCAUAUUUCUGAUGAACCGCAUCAGUCCUGGGACUUCAAAACUCUACAUUGCCAAUGCAGACGGCUCAGACGAACACGAGCUGCUGGAAGAGCCUAUAUAUGAGUAUCAUGCCACUUUUUCUCCAGAUGGCGAAUGGAUCACAUUCACAGGUGAACGCAACGGCGACGGGAAUUCCGAUAUUUAUCGAGUACGCCCCGAUGGCUCUGAUCUCCAGCCUAUCCUCGAGUCCCCGGCAAUGGAAGACAGUGUCGUUUUAUCACCCAAUGGAUCUUUAGCUGCAUACGUCUCAACGGCAAACAGCUACAAGGCCAACAUCUGGGUCAAAGAUCUUGAUACCGGUGCCGAAUGGAAUAUCACCGAUACCAUCACCAACCGCCCGAGUGACACCAUGAUGGCUGGCCAUUUUCGCCCUUCUUGGUCGCCCGACGGCGAAUGGAUUGCGUUUUCAUCAGACCGCAACACCCCCUGGGAUGGGCACGGAUCUCCCACAUACCUUGGCCUCGCGGGAUGGGAGCACACGCAGGAACUGAGUGUAUACGUGAUUCGUCCCGAUGGGUCAGAUCUGCGCCGAGUAGCCCACCGUCCGGGCUAUUGUCUGGGAUCUCCAAAAUGGUCCCCAGAUGGAACACGAAUCGUGUUUUACGAGAUGACUCGUGAAGAAACGUGGAUCUCACGUCGGCCUGAGCUGAUGGCAUCUGCGAAUACAACCAUUGUCUCCAUUGGACUUGACGGUGAGGACCGUCGCACCGAAGUCUGCGGCCCGGGUGUUAAAAUAAUCCCUCAGUACGUCACAAAUGAUACCAUUGGGUAUUUUCUCAAGGGUGGUACAAACCGCGGUUUCUAUCUCACCAAGCGCAGUUCAUAUCUCACCAAUAGCGGCCACUCCCGCACUUAUGUUUCUUCUCCCUCAUGGUCUCCAGAUGGAAAUUAUGUUGUGUACGAAAAGGUCACUUGGGCAAUUCGUCCGCUUUUUAAAAAGCUUUAUAGCUGGGACUCUGAAUGGGACUACCGUUUCACGGAUGUUCUGCCGCAGAUUUCUUCCAAGGGGAGGAUUGUAGUCACCGACAAGUUCCUUGGCAACUCGUCUAUUGUGACCUUCAACCGAGAAGGAAAGAACAUUUCCCUCGUCUACGACCCUAGUCUCACAGACUAUGUGCACCCCGAGCAGGUUCGAAACAGCUUCGCCGGUGCAUACAGCCCCAGCUGGUCUCCAGAUGGGGAAUGGCUCGUUUUUGGAGUCGGCACUUGGUUUGAAGAGCGAGGAAAUGGGGGAGGCUGGGUUGUGCGAGCGACAGAAAACGGCAGCUACUCCGAUAUUCUUACCACGAGUAAUGACACCCUCAGCGGAGGUGAUCAGUUGAACACCGGCUUCCCCAGUUUUUCUCACGAUGGCAAGAAGGUUGUGUACCGAGUCUGGGGCCCUGAGACAUCCAAGUUCGGUAACAAGACGCAAACCGGUCUGCGUCUCAUCGACCUUGAGACCAGAGAAAUCACUCAACUAACAAGAGGCUGGGAUAACUUCCCUGCAUUCUCGCCAGAUGGAACCCUCAUCUUGUUCACGCGCAAGACGGACCCAACCAACUACGAGAUCUGCACCAUCCACGCUGACGGCUCCGAUCUGCGCGUUCUCACCAGCAGCGGUGCUAAUGAUGCCCAUGCUGUUUGGCGACAGGAUGGCAAGAUUAUGUGGUCAACAGGAAUGUACGGCUUUCAGUAUGAAUGUCCCUUGUACGAUAACACGUUUCAGCCCUACAGUCAGAUCAUGAUCAUGGACUCGGACGGUUCCAACAAACGGCCUUUGACAAAUUCUAUUUGGGAAGACUCUAUGCCCCUUUUCAUUCCAAAUGAGGGUUUCUGA